AUGUCGUCUCAAGCCAACGGCAGCAGCAAACGGCAUCCGGUCUUAACGAAAUCAAGCAUCAAUCCUGCAGUUCUCGAAGUUGAGUACGCAGUUCGUGGUGAACUUGCACUCAAAGCCGACAAAUACACGCAUGAGCUCGCCGAUGGAAAGAAAGAUUUACCCUUCGACAAGGUCGUCACGGCCAAUAUCGGGAACCCACAACAGAAAGGAUUGGACCAAGUUCCUAUCACUUACUGGCGACAGGUCAUCUCAUUGUUGGAAUAUCCGAACCUAAUGGAGGAGCAUCUUGAGAUCGCCAAGCAGAUCUACCCCUCAGACGUGAUUGCUCGAGCCAAGAGCUUACACGAGGAGAUUGGAAGUGUGGGCGCCUACACCGUUUCAAAAGGAAUCUUGGGGAUCAGAAAACGAGUAGCUAAAUUCAUCGAAGAACGCGAUGGGUACCCUGCCGAUCCCGAGAACAUCUACCUCACUGCUGGGGCUUCCGCUGGUGUCUCGCAGAUCCUCGGUAUCGCACUGCAAAAAGGAGACGGCUGCAUGAUCCCUAUUCCCCAGUAUCCCCUCUACACCGCUACGCUCGCCUACGUUUCUGCCAAACCCCUCCCAUACUACCUCUCCGAAGCGGACAACUGGUCUUUAAACCACGAUACCCUCGUCCAGACGAUCGAAAAGGCCAAGAAGGAUAACACGCCCGUCAAAGCUCUGGUCAUCAUCAACCCUGGCAAUCCAACGGGUGCUUGUCUCCCUGAAGAUGCGAUGAAACAGGUCGUGCAGCUCUGCUAUGAUCACGGUAUCGUCCUGAUGGCAGAUGAGGUGUAUCAGUACAACAUCUUUGAUCCCGAGAACAAGCCAUUCAUCUCGUUCAAAAAGGUCUUAAGGUCAAUGCCGAAAGAAGUGGCGGAGACUGUCGAGUUGAUUUCAUUCCACUCGAUAUCAAAGGGCGUCAGUGGAGAAUGCGGAAGGAGAGGAGGGUACUUUGAAUGUACCAAUUUGUCGGAUGAGGUGAUGGAGCAGGUCUACAAGAUGGCCAGUGUGUCGCUGUGUCCUCCCGUCACGGGGCAGGUCGGUGUCGACCUUCUCGUAUCCCCUCCCAAACCCGGCGAGCCGUCUUACGACCUUUGGAAGACUGAGACCACUACCACCCUCUCCCACCUCAAAGAACGCUCCCAGUUCAUGGGAGAAAGGUUCAACUCCCUUCCUGGGAUGUCAUGCCAACCAGCCGAUGGUGCGAUGUAUCUGUUCCCACGGAUUGAGAUGCCUCAAAAGGCCAUCGCAGAGGCAAAGAAGCAAGGCAAAGCGGCGGAUGUAAUGUACGCCUUGGACCUAUUGGACGCCACGGGUAUCUGUGCCGUUGCUGGAUCUGGGUUCGGUCAAGAACCGGAUACCUACCAUCUCCGUGUGACUGCUUUAUGUCCGGGUGUAGAGAAUUACGUGGCGAAGAUCGAAAAGUUCCACAAGGACUUCAUGAGCAAGUGGCAGUAG